ACAAGAGUACCAGUAUUGAGCAAAAAAAGCUAAGGAACAACAUCUAUGCUCUGAGAUCAAGCCUCAGUACUGGCAAACACACACACACACACACACACACACACACAUACACACACACACACACCUGAAAGAGUUCACAGGAAAGGCAAAUAUUUCUGAGGAGUAUUUCUUGGACUAGAAAGCAUUUGAUGUAGAUGGAUUCCCAUUUGUUCAUAUAAAAAUGAAAACGUAGUUCCAGGACAAAAGUAACUAAAGAUAAUCUGAAAAUAGUAGAAUUAAGGGAGAACUGGGAUAGCACUUCUGGGGCCUGGAGGGCCUUGAAUGUAGUAUUAUAGUUUAUUUGGUAUAUAAGAAUGAAUGGGACAGUGAAAUAAUCAAAUCUGCACUUUAAUUUGAUAUUUAUUAUUUAUCUUGUCUCUUCAAUCUCAUUUUUUCUAUAUUCUCACGCUAUAACCCAAGCACAGUGAGGUAUUUUGCUUGCCUCUUCAAGUUUUCAUUUGUUUUUGAAAAUCUUUUCUCUGCCUGGGACAUCAUUUUAGUCUGCUAUUUUUGCUUCAGGUUGCCUCUUAGAAGGGAGAUUUUUCUGGCAGGCACACCCAUACAUGUAUAGUUUGUUCCCACCUUUAGCACUUGCUGUAUGGCAGCUGGCAAGGUAAUGUACUUGUCUGCAGCUCAGUUUAUCUUUUUCCAAAAUUACAGACACUUUAUUCACCCGAAAGAGGGAAUACGUAUGACCUAUGUAAAGCCCCAAGCACAGAGGCAUAUACCAAGCUAUAGUCAAAAGUUAAUUCUACCUUCUCUUCCUCUUGAUUACAUUCUCCUCUCCCUUGUUUUCCUUCCACCGUCAGAGCACCCAUCUUACAGAAAAUAGCUUUAGUGUUUUCAUGUCAUGCUUCCGCACUAGAUUUUAAAUUUCUUGAGGCUAAGUAUUUUACAUCUUAUUUCUUAUAUCACCUACUACAGUGCCUAGCUAAAUAAAGUUUGUUCAAUGAUUUUUUUUCUGGUGGUGCUUUGGUUUGACCUCGGGGCCACAUACAACUGAGUAGGGUAGGUGUUCUAUUUCUAAGCCAUAUCUCUAGCCCUGUUUUUACCUGUUAGUUUUAGGAUAGAAUGACACUUCCUGCCCUAAUGCUUGCUUGGACUGGGUUCCGCCUAAGUCAGACUUCCUGUCAUUGAUGGAGUGAUAGUCUAGCACUGUCAUACCCAGCAGAUAGGGUCUUGACUUUUCUGCCCCACCUUCUCUGUGAUCCUCCAUUCUCAGCUUCUCAAAAAUAGAUAGGAUUAUAGGAGUGUUCACCAGUGACCCAACUGAUAUAAAAGAUUUUGACAGAAGUAACAAGGAUCAGGAAAAAUAAGCAAUUGGAGUCAGACCAGUUGGGAAGCUCUUGUUUCAGCAGCAGAACAGGGGACAUGAAGAUCUUACUCACAUAAGGGAAAGAACAGGCUUGAUAUAAAAGGGCUUUUCAACUGUACACUGAAUAAGGAAAUUCAGUGCCACUUAGUCCUGAAAGGGCCUUGUUGAACCAGUGCUCUAAGAUGUUUAGAUAAGUGGGAAAAUAGGGGAGUCAUGGAGGGGAACCAGAAUAAUUACAAAGCCUGAACGCUGUAAAUGCUUGUAUUAUUUUUUGUAACAUUAAUUGUAGAUAGACAGCAUGUUAUAGCCUCAAUUUUUUCAGUUGAAUAGAUAAAUUCUACUUUGAAUUGGCUUAGAGAAACAUAACUGUAAGAGAAACAAAAAACAAGCAGCACUAAGUUAUUUUUGAAAUUGUUUCCCUAGUGUUAGAAAAUAAUUAGAAAGUAUAAUCUAAGGGAGACUUUUGCCAAGAUCUUUUCCAGCAGAUUGUCAUUUUAUGUGGAUAUGCCUUUCUCUCAAGAUAAUCUUUGAGUGGAGCUGUGCAGAUUGGAAAUGAAUAAGUACCAAAGUACACUGUGAAGGAUGGUGAAUGGUGGGACAUGGGGAAAUGCCCUUUCUGCUCUGCUUUGUGAUAAUUUGUACUUGAUAGAAUACACAUAUAUUAAUAUUUUUAGUACCAGCCAGUGGAAUCAUGCAUCCAGCUCUAAAAGCACUGUCCGUCCAUCUGCAGAGAUUGGAAAAGGGAAUCAGAGGAAUACUGGAGGAUGACUUGUCCUUAGGUUUUUCAGCAGUACUUGUAUACUGGUAUAGAUAAUGUACAUGAGGAGGCAGGUUGAUUUGUUCUCUUUACAGAUACCAGCCAAAGAGGACCAGAGAGGGUACCCAGUUGCUGAUAUGGAGCCGGUCACACAAACAGGCAAACUAGUGCAUAUCACUGUGACAGAUGGAUAUGAUUUGAAAGGUUUUAAAGGAGAUUCUCCAGUUACUUUUAUUCGUGCAGAAUUCAAUCAAGUAGUCCUGGGAGACUCUUCAAAAAUUAUGGUGUCUCCAGAAGGAACUGCAAAAUACAACUUCACUAGCAGUUUUGAGUACAGUCUGGAAGGAGGAGUCACUUUAGAUGACAUUGCCCACAAACCUGCAUUCUUAACUGUGACUGAAGUUUUACCAAAGGAAAAGAAGCAGAAAGAAGAGAAGACCUCAAUUCUUGGUCAAGCUGUGGUGGACCUUCUUCCUUUACUGGAAGGGGAAAGUUCAUUUGAAAUAUCAGUCCCUUUGCAUCCUGUGCAGGGCUCACCCUUAGAAACCCCUCGGCCAGGCGUUAAGCAGUGCAGUCUUGAUGUUAAGGUGUCUGUGGCAGAGCCCUUACUGACCUCAGCCCAGGUCUUAGGGGGCAAUCUUCUGAAGGUCACAUUGGAGGCUGCCUACUCUGUGCCUGAAUCAUUCAUUCCAGCAGGGCCUCAGCAGAACUACAUGGUUGGUAUGCAAGUUCCAUCAGUUGGAGAGAAAGACUAUACCAUUUUAUUCAAGAAUGGAAAUCUAAAGGUUGGAGGGGAAAAAGAGCCUGUUCCCAGACCCAAAAAAUGGCCUAUUGCCAACAUUCUAGCUCUAGGAGCAAAUAACAUUCCUGAUGAAUUUAUUGUUGGUGGUCCCUACGAAGAGGAAGAGGGAGAACUCAACCACCCCGAGGACAGGGAAUUUAGGAACCAAGCAGAGUGCAUGAAGAAAAGGAUUGUUUGGGACUUGGAAAGUCGCUGCUACCUUGAUCCUUCUGCAGUUGUCAGUUUCCAGAAGAGAAUUGCUGAUUGCCGGUUUUGGCCUGUAGAGAUCACAAGAGUUCCUCUGGUUGCUGUACCCAAAGGGAAAGCUGCCAAGAUUGAAAAGACUGAAGAAGAAACUCCACUUUCGUUUCAUGGUGUGGCUUAUGUUAACAUGGUCCCAUUGCUGUAUCCAGGGGUGAAGAGGAUUCGAGGAGCUUUUCAUGUCUACCCUUACAUAGAUAGUGCAGUCUUUGAAAAGACCAAAUGUUUACUCAGCUUGUUCCGGGACACUGGUCAUCAUAAUAUGAUUCAUAAUAAUAAGGGAGGAAUUAAUUCUCCACUGUCCAAAACAGUUGCUAAGAAUGUGAAAGAAGAUAAAACAGUGAAAGAAAAAGAUAUAGAUGGAAAGCCCAGACCUACAGAUAUGCAAGCACCUAGUAUAAGAUCUCAGAGCUCAGAUACUCCUUUGGAAGGUGAAGCCCCUGUAACCCACAAUCCAGAAGGCCAGCAAUAUUUAGAGGCAGGAACAUACAUUGUGUUGGAGAUUGAGCUUGACAAAGCCUUGGUUCCAAAGCGAAUGCCUGAAGAAUUAGCUGAAAGGGUUAAGGAAAUGAUUCCUCCAAGGCCACCUCUUACCCGUCGAAGGGGAGGAGCUCAGAAGGCGGUGAGUGACUACCACUUGCAGAUCAAGAACAUUUCUAAAGCCAUUCUGGAUGAGUACCACAGAAUGUUUGGGAAACAAGUGGCUAAACUGGAGCAUGAUAUCGACAGUGAAACCCUGGAAGAGCAGAAGUGCCAGCUGAAUUAUGAGCUUAAUUGUUCUGGAAAGUACUUUGCUUUCAAAGAACAACUCAAGCAUGCUGUGGUGAAGAUUGUGAGAGAGAAAUAUUUGAGGACAGCAUCCUUUGAAAGCCAGGAGGAACUGCAGACAUUUAUCAGCGAGCUUUAUGUGUUCUUGGUAGAUCAAAUGCAUGUGGCACUAAACCAAGCCAUGCCAGAUGAUAUCCAAGGCCCUAUUCCAACCAUUCAGUCAACCAGUGAGCAGCUUCGACUCUUUGCAUUUGAAGCAGAAGUCAAUGAGAACUAUGGAAUGGCAUCAGUGUAUUAUGAAGAGAGGUUGGUCCGUGAGCCCCACAACCUGGAACAUUGGCUGGACUACGGUGCCUUCUGCCUCCUCAUUGAAGACAACAUUAAAGCACAGGAAUGUUUCCGGAAAGCCCUUUCCCUGAAUGAGAGUCAUAUCAACAGCUUGUUGCUGUGUGGUGUCCUGGCUGUCUUGUUGGAGAACUAUGAACAAGCAGAAAUUUUCUUUGAGGAUGCCACUUGCUUGGAACCAACCAAUGUUAUAGCCUGGACUUUACUUGGUUUGUACUAUGAAAUUCAAAACAAUGAUAUUCGAAUGGAAAUGGCAUUUCAUGAGGCUUUCAAACAACUUCAAGCACGAGCACUCCAGACACCAGCAACAAAGCAAAAGAGCACAGGCACUGUAUCGGGCAUCAUGGAAAAUGUGGAAGAAAAAGGGAAAAUGGAAUCUAGUGUAGGCCCUUGGGGAACCGGAAAUAACACAAAUAACGAAUCUUCUUCAACCGCAGUCAAGGCAGAGGCCUCAGCAGGUAGGAGCGGGGAUGGAGGUCGCAGGUUUAGUCCAGCUAGCUCCAUGGAAAGAAGCUUUUUUUUUCAUCAAUAUUCAUUAGGACCAGCAGCUACGUUAUCUGUUCUAGAUGCAUUUGUUGAAGAAUCUUCUAAACUGCAGUCUGAGUCACGAGAACCCAUAACAAUUAAACAAUCUCUGGAUCCAAUUAUUGGCCCAAAUACAUCUAACAUGGUUUUAAAGGAUUCCACAUUGAACAAAAAAGAAGCAUCAAAAUGUCAAGAUUCACUAGCUUUUCUGCAUCCACCCCCUAGUAGUGUUUCCCCAGCUCAUGCCACAAUCUUCAUGGAGACUAUCCGCUUCUUGAUGAAAGUCAACGCUGUGCAGUAUGUACACAGAGUGCUUGCACAUGAGCUACUAUGUCCUCAAGGAGGCCCCAGCUGUGAGUAUUACUUGGUGCUGGCCCAAACACACCUUCUCAAGAAGGAUUUUGCCAAGACAGAAGAAUGUCUUCAGCAAGCAGAGCACAUGGAUUACCUGAACCCUAAUGUCUGGGGCUUGAAGGGCCAUCUGUAUUUUCUGAGUGGAAAUCAUGCUGAGGCCAAGGCAUGCUACGAGCGAACGGUUAGCUUUGUAGUAGAUGCCACUGAGAUGCACUUCAUCUUCCUGAGACUGGGGCUUAUCUAUCUAGAAGAGAAAGAGUAUGAAAAGGCAAAGAAAACUUACAUGCAAGCCUGUAAGAGAUCACCCUCAUGCCUUACCUGGCUAGGAGUGGGAAUCGCCUGUUACCGGCUGGAGGAGCUCACAGAGGCUGAGGAUGCUCUUUCUGAAGCCAAUGCAUUAAACAACUACAAUGCUGAAGUAUGGGCAUAUCUGGCUCUGGUCUGCCUAAAAGCUGGACGGCAACUGGAAGCUGAGCAGGCCUACAAGUACACGUUAAAGCUGAAACUGAGAGAUGAGAUUCUGCUUGCAGAAAUCCACACUGUACAGGAAAUGGUUGGCUUUGGAAAUCCAUCUUUCUGACAUCCUUACAGGUGAAGAAUUUUGUCUGGGACUCAGCUCCUUUUCUUCCCAGAAAGUUUCACCAAGUGAAGCCUGAAGCUGAAGCAUCACAGAAUGUUCACAAUGAACAGAAAUUUAUUCCUUUUCACGUGGCUAUUACUGGAGGUUUUUAUUAAAUACUAAGCUGGAUUACAAUAAAAUUAAAUAGGAGAUUUAAAAUUCAUGAGUGUGGUUCUGGAGUUAAGGUAUAUUGACCUAUAUGUUACAUACAUAUACACACUUG